AUGCCCAGUUACUACUGGAAUAUAAGCGGCCUCUCUGGCCCCUUAAUCCGUGUUACUCUCCGUACUUUUCAAAUCAUCUUCGCCCUCAUCGUUGCUGCCCUAUACGGCGUUGACCUCCAACAUGCUACCAAAACCCACACAAAAGCCAACAGCGCGUGGGUCUACGCCGAAGUCGUUGCCAGUUUGUCCAUCCUAACGUGCACCGUCCACCUUUGUGUGACUAUCACUCGUAUUGGUUCAUGUGUAUGGGACUGGGUUGUUUUUCUUUUGUGGGUCUCGCAGUUUGGUGUCUUCGCGGCAAUUUAUAUUGGUGGAAAGAGUGGUACGGAUAAAAUUGCUAUAGAGUCGGUGAGUAGGAUGCAGGCUGCGGUGUGGAUUGAUAUGGUGAAUAUGCUACUAUGGCUUGGAACUGCUGGGGGUGGGAUCGUGUGGUGUUGCACUGAACGGAGAGCUCGAAGGCGGAUUGAUAGGAUGAAGCUGGACGAGGAGGCUGCGGAUGCGUCUGGAGAUCAUCGACAAAGUCAUCCGGGCGAAGUUGAUAAAAGGGUGGUAGCAAGGGGUCCUGAGAUGUUUAAUAUUGCCUCGGUGGAGUCUAGGCUGAAAGGUGGCAAUGAAAAUUCGAUGAAGCAUAAAGUGGAAGAUAUAGAUGGCGAGUCGGUCUAUGACAUAAAGUGUUGGGGGAAAGGAGGUUAUUCCUGA